CUCUUUCACUCUCUCUCUCUCUCUCUCCAAAUUUGCUCAAUUGCUCCAUCAUUCCAAAUCAGGUGUAUACUUUGUAGUUUCUCAAAAAAAAAAAAAGGUGUAUACUUUGUAUAGUGUAUUGCCCCUCUCUAUCUACCUAUCGAUCUUGGCUUAUCAGAGAUUGAACUUUUAGGCUUUUUGCCAUAGACCCCCCUUUUUUUCUUCUCUUAAAGCUGUUUUUUUUUUCUUUGAUCUAACUUAAAGCUGUUUUCUGAUCACAACAAAACACAAAAAGUACCGUUAAAAAUCAUCACCACCUCUUUGCUGAUGAUGUUUUAGUUCGUUUGUAUUGUCUGCAUUGUAAGGUUGUCCAAAAUAUCAUUCUUAAUAUCUUUAUAUUAUUUGUUAUUCUCUUGUUCCAAAAAUCCUUCUCUCAAUAAUUACAAUAAAAUAAAACUCUCACAAUUCUCGUAGUAGUGGUAGUAGUAGAUGCCUUUGUCUUGGUCUCCUUUGUAUCUUUUCUCCAAAAUCCUUUCCCACCCACAGAAUCUUCUUUCUUGAUAGAAAAGUUAGGACCUUGUAGAAAGAAAAAAAACCCCAUUUUUUCGGUCUCUCUCAUACUCGAAGCCCCUCCACCCAAGAAAACUAUUUGCUAUUUUAAGCAUUCAAAAAAUAAAAAUAUUUGCUCGAGUAGUGACUCUCAAACCCAGCGACAAACAUGGAGUGUUUCUUCUUCGUUUUCAAGCCUUUGACGCUCGUCGCUCUUUUCCUUAUCCUCCUAUCCGCUCCACCUUCCAUGGCGGACGACGAUAACAACAACAACAAUGUUACAGGUGGUGGUGUUUUCCUUAGAGACAUUGCAACCAAUUCAUCAUCUAAUUCACCUCCACCAAUGUCGAGUGAAAACCAUGGAAGAUCUGUACCCUUUAGGCCUAGCAUGGUGGUGAUAAUAGUGGUGUUAGCAGGCAUAUUCUCCGUCGUGUUUCUCGUCCUCCUCUACGCAAAACACUGCACUGGUGAUGGCAUUGUAGUUGUCACAGCCACACCCGCAAGGGCUACGACAGCGAGGAAGAAUUCGGGAAUCGAUCGAGGUGUCGUCGAGUCAUUGCCAGUGUUUCGAUUCGGAUCUCUCCGAGGCCAAAAGGAAGGCCUCGACUGCGCAGUUUGUCUCAAUCGUUUCGACUCCAACGAAGUCCUUCGGCUCCUCCCGAAAUGCAAGCACGCGUUCCAUGUCGAAUGCGUCGACACAUGGCUCGAUGCUCAUUCGACGUGUCCACUCUGUCGAUACCGUGUCGACCCAGAAGAUAUUCUCCUCGUCGACCGAAACCCACCUCCAGAAUCUCGCCAAAACAGUACCCACGAGGUCGUUUUGGACGUGAACGUGAACGUGAACGUGAACCCAAUUGGGAACAAACGAUUCUCAGGUCGACACUCAUCAGGUGGCGAAAAGGGAUUUUUGCGUUCGAAUUCUCACGAUCCGAUGGCGCUUAGGAGAUCACUCGAUAGUGCUGGGGUGAGAAAAAAGAGUCAGAGUUUAAGAGCCAUUGGAUCCUAUGAUUACCCAAGAAAAGAUGGGCUAUUGUCGACGAGCUUAGACAGAGGGAAUAGUAGGGUGGAGCACAGGAUUAUUGUUUCUUCUAACUCGAGUAGGGCCCACGAUAGGUGGAGCGAUGCACAGCCGUCAGAUCUUUUGUAUUUGGGGUCAGAAAUGAUAAUGAGUGACAGCCGUAGAUUUUUGUCGACAUCGAGAUCGAGUCAGCAACAGCACAGUAAUGGUAUUGAUGGCAAUGGUAACGAGUUGCGGAGAUGGGGUGGUGCUAGUAGUGGUGGCAGAAAAAACACAGACACAAACACCAACAGCAACACAGUAAUGAAUGGUCGAAGUGUGUCGGAAAUCACUGGCUUCAGCAGGUUCCCAAUCAAAGCCAAUAGAGCCAAUAGCACCCACUAAUAUUAUUACUGAUCACUGAUUAGUGGGGUUGGCUUGUCUUGGAUUUCUGCCAGCUGUAUGGUCGAGACAUACCUACUUGCAAUUCAAGAUUGUAUAGUAAGAUUUAGAAUUUGUAGAAAACUCUUUCUAACUCGAUACACAACAAUAACGAGUUGGAAGAGAUUUUUCUCAACUAGUUUGAGAAAGUUUAGUAACAUAACUUGUGGAAUAAUUCUGAUUUGGCCGACUUUCAUUUCGACCAAAUUAAAAUUAUAGCCAAAGUUACUGUAUAAAUGUGUCAUUGCUGCCUCGACAGGACCCACUUUCUCUUUCUGGUGUACCUUUUGAAAAAUGAUUUUCUGCAAGGCUGGCCCAAGCUGCUAUGUUAACGUGCAUGUGAGGAGGACUUCGGUGUACGAAAGUUCCAGUCGAACAGAAGAAAAAAAAGAAGAAGGCGUGGAUGAGACAUUGCAUUUACACCAAGGUGAUACGGAAAUCAAUUAUUUCUUGACAAUUUUGUUUGUCGCUCUUUAAUUUUAGUGCUUUCUUUUUCUUUUUUGGUUACUUUGAAAUUUCCUCUGUUACUGGUGGGUAUGACAAUGGUGGGUACGGGUGCAUCUCUGCUACACAUUAUUUCUGAUGGGCAUGUGGUGGGGUUCGUAAAUUGUACAAAAUUUUGUGUACUCUUCUACUUGAUUGUACAAAGUCCCGAGGAAUAAGGAAAACAGCUAGAGAUGACGACAGGAGUAAAUGGAAUUUGAUAUCUUCAACUUUGUACUAGCUUUUUAUUCAUUGAAAAAGAAAAAAGAAGUACUGGCUUUUAGA